CAUAGGGUCACUUCCUGGUUCGAGCAAGAUCUCUACGUGUACCGAAAGCUUCGCGAGCGAUUUCUUCAAGAAAAGGGAACUUCUAGGUCUCCAAGAAGCCAGCGACGUCCGAGGACGUGUAGAAGAAGCGUCCAAGAUGCAGAGUAUGAUCAACAGCGUGAAGGGAACGGCGCUAGGAGUGGCGGAAUUCCUGACCCCCGUUCUCAAGGAAUCCAAGUUUAAGGAGACAGGUGUGCUGACACCUGAGGAAUUUGUAGCUGCAGGUGACCACCUGGUACAUCACUGUCCCACCUGGCAAUGGGCUGCUGGCGAUGAGUCUAAGUGUAAGCCGUACCUUCCCAAAGACAAGCAGUUUCUCAUCACAAGAAAUGUGCCGUGUUACAAGCGCUGUAAACAGAUGGAGUAUUUAGAGGAGUAUGAGAAGGUGAUUGAUGAGGAGGAUGGGGAGGGGGGCUGGGUGGACACUCAUCACAACGCAGACCCCAGCUCCAUCACCUCGGUAACAGAGACAGUGUCAGAAAUGACUCUGGAGCCUAAGAAGACUGAAGGAGCAGCUGUGGUGGCAGCAGAUAAUGAUGAUGACGAGGAUGAUGAUGAAGAGGCAGAAGACAUGGAAGCAUAUGAACAGAGUGGAAUGUUAGAAGCAGAAGACAAUGCAACACUUGAUGUGAAAGCAGCAGUGAAGACUGAGAGUCCUGGGGAGGGUGCUUCACUAGAAAGCGGGAUUCUACAGACCAGAACAUACGACCUGAACAUCACCUACGACAAAUAUUACCAGACACCCAGACUAUGGCUCUUUGGUUAUGAUGAGAACAGGAAACCCUUAACUGUAGAACAGAUGUAUGAGGACAUCAGCCAGGACCAUGCCAAGAAAACUGUUACCAUGGAGGCUCACCCCAACCUGCCUGGACCCCCCAUGGCUUCCAUACAUCCCUGCAAACAUGCUGAUGUGAUGAAAAAGAUUAUCCAGACUGUGGCGGACGGGGGUGGAGAACUGGGAGUCCAUAUGUAUCUUCUGAUCUUCCUCAAGUUUGUCCAGGCUGUGAUCCCCACUGUUGAGUAUGACUACACCAGGCACUUCAUCAUGUGAUCAACAACCUUCUUCCAAUAGAUAAACUUCAGACCCACAAACCUGCUUGUAUCAUGGUGAAAC